AUGAUGGAGCUAGGCAAGGCCGAUGCAGCAGCAGCAGUUGCUGCAGCAGCAGCAGCAAAACGUCUACGAGAGGUUGAGAGAGAAGUGCGGCUGCAGCAGCUACAGCAGCAGCAGCAGGAGAAACAGCAACACCAGCUGCUGCUGCAGCAGCAGCAGCUGAAGCAUCAACUGCGGGUCUCUAUACACCGCGCAGCGAGGAGCAGCAGAAAGGACGAGGCCCUGCAGCAGCAGCAGCAGCAGCAGCAGCAGCUGCAGCAGCAGCUGCAGCAGAUCGAGCAGCAGCUACAGGAGCUCGAGCAGCAGCAGAUGCAGGUGAAGCAGCAGCUGGAGCCGCUGCAGCAGCAGCACACUGAAGCCCGUAGGGAGCAGCAGCAGCAGCAGCAGCAGCACAUGCAUUUUGCUGCAGCAGAAACAGCCUGGAUAGCAGCAUGCAUGCGGCUCUUCUCCGCCAGCAGCAGCUGGCUCUCUUUGCUGCUGCAGCAGCAGGAAGAUGCUUAG